AUGACUACUACUCACAAAAGAAAGAAUCGAAGUGAUGAUAGCGAUCAGCAUGCUGGUAACAUGUUUAUCCGGAAAGUUCCUGGCAGACAGAGACCAACAAGCAUCGAUGGUGAGAAUACUUCCAAACACUCUGGGCUUCAUAAAGAGGAAUCUACCUUUUGUCUUCCAUAUUAUCAAGCUAUAAUGUUUGCCAGUGCAUUAGAAGAUUCUUUAGCACAAGUGCGGAUAUUGGCUGAAUGUAAUAACCAGUUACGUUUAAUAAAAACCAUGGCUGACAUGGCUAUCCUGCGAGCGAAGAAAUAUCAAAUAAAAAGUGUCGAACAUAGAGAAGAUCUGACCAGGAUUAACACCAAAGAUAGGGAAAUAUGCAGUACAAACUAGACAAACUUGUUGCUGACAGAAUAUACUUUCAAGAAGUAUUGGAGGAAACAUACCUAGAGUUAGCACUGUACAGAUGUUUCAGUGUGCUCACUAGUUGCAAUAAGGAAGUAGAAGAACAAGAUUUAUAUAGAAUUUGUCUCGCUGAAGAAGAAGGCAAAAAUAAACUCUCUCGACGUGAACUGAUGAAGCAACUAAGACAACAACGGAUUCAUAUUAAAACGGUCGCUUACGAUACAGACCUCAUUAUAGAUCAACUUAGGAGUAAAAUUGAAGACGCAGCUUUGAAUUCAGAGAUUAUAGGAAGGUACAUUACCAACUGGCAGUGCGCACGCACUGAACAGCACACACAAACUAUUAAUGAUACAGAGUCAGGGCCUUCCACUGCAAUAUCCUACUUCCGAAACAGAGGCGAUCAAGAACAGAGAGUACACUCGGAAAUUGACCUGCUCGUGAACGUUUUCAUCAAUGAGACUCUGGCAAAGGUGGAAAGUUGGAUGAACAAGUACGACACGGAUAUGGAAGCAAUAGACUUAAAAAUCACUAUAAUGAAGAACAAAUAUCAAGAUGAAGUAGCCAAGAGAAAGAGCAUGGAGGAUGAUCUGGCUCACCACGCUGAUCAAAUGACACUAUGGAACAAGUUCAAAGAUGACCGUGAGAGGGCACGGCUGUACAGAAAGAAGAUGACUGAGUCUGCCAUUAUUGUACAAGCGUGGUGGCGAGGACUACUUGUACGACUUGAACUAGGUCCAUUUAGGCCUAAGAAGAAGGCACCUACCAGGCCAGAUGAUAAGAAAGGAAAAAAGAAAUAA